AUGCCAUCAGUUACCACAUUAUUUGAUCAAACAAAACCUAAAACUCCUGUGUUUUUUUUCAGUCAUGGGGGUCCAACUUUUAUGUAUCCUGAUGAAGAAUUUGGUUCAGAUAAAGGUGCUUAUAAAACUGUUAAAAAAUUAGGUCAUUAUAUAAUAAAUGUUAUAAAACCAAAGUUCAUUAUUGUUAUUUCUGCUCAUUGGGAAUCAAAUUCAUUUAAUUCAGGUGUUGAUAUUGGUAUACCAGGAUCCCAAUCAUCUCUUUCAAAAAAUUCUAAAAAAUUAGAUAAAGAUGAAAUUGAUUUAAUUUAUGAUUUUGGUGGAUUCCCAGAUUAUAUGUAUGAAGAACAAUUCCAUUCAAAAGGUAAUUUAGAAUUAGCUAAUGAUAUUAAAACCACAUUAGCCAAUAAUAAAAUUGAUUCCAAGCUAACCAAAAGAGGUUUAGAUCAUGGUGUUUGGGUUCCUUUUAAAGUUGCAUUCUCAUCAAAUAAACCAAAAGAUCAAGAAUGGGAUCUUGAAAUGCCAUUAGUACAAAUUUCAUUACCAGGAACUGAUGAUUUUAAUACAAAUUAUGAAUUAGGUAAAGCUUUAUCUAAAUAUAGAGAAUUAGGUGGUGUUAUAAUUUGUUCUGGGAUGAGUGUUCAUAACUUACGUGAUUUUAGAGCAGCUAUGGGGAAAGGUUCAUCAAGUCCAAUGCCAUAUGUUAAACCAUUUUCUGAAAAAGUUAAAAGUAUAGUAACUGAAUAUAAUGGAGUGGAAAGAUUAAAUAAAUUUAAUGAAUUAGUGCAAAAUGAUAAGAAAUUAUUAUAUGAUGCACAUCCUUCAUUAGAACAUUUUAUGCCUAUUGUUGUUGCUUCAGGCGCUGGUGAUGAAGAAUUAGCAAAACAAGUUUAUGAUAAUCAUGUAAAAUCUUUAGCUUGGGGUAUUUAUCAAUUUGGUGAAUACAAAGAAUAA